AUGUUUUCCGCUACUGCUGCUGCUGAAAUACUCAUGGAUGCUGGUUCAGACUUGAGCGAUUUAGAGUCUGACCAUGACGAAGAUGACGACGUAGGCAGUUUUAUUGUACCCAAUGUUGCGGAUAUUUCCGAUUCCGAUAGUGAAUCUAGUGAUGAUUCCCUACCACCACCACCACCACCUGCAAACGUCUGGAAGUCAUCCAUCACCCAACAAUCUUUGAACUCCUUUUUGGGACAGCACGGUCCAUCCUCUCACGCUUGUGUCAGUAAUGACGAUAGCCCAUUAGAAUAUUUUAGACUGAUAUUUACUGACGAACUUUUGACCUUGGUUGUUGAGGAGACCAAUCGGUAUGCUGCUCAGUACCUUCAAAAAACGUCUCUUUCCUCCAAGUCUAGAGCACAUAAAUGGAAACCGGUUGAUGCUGAGGAAUUGUCUUUGUUUCUUGGGCUUACUCUGCUAACUGGCGUAGUCCAUAAACGUGGAAAACUGGAGUCUUAUUGGAUCAAAAAUUCGAUGAUUGAGACGCCAUAUUUUGGUAAAUGUAUGUCCAGAAACCGAUACCAAGCCAUCACCGGAUUUUUACAUUUCAAUGAUAACGAAAAACUUGCGGAAAAUAUUGAUAAUGAUAAGCUAUACAAAGUUCGUCCCGUUUAUGAUCUGAUCGUUGCUAGGUGGAAGGCUUUAUAUAACUUGGGCGAACACAUUUCCAUUGAUGAAGGUAUGAUGAAGUGGAGGGGCAGGCUUGGGUUUAGAGUGUAUAACAAAGAUAAGCCAAUAAAAUAUGGAAUAAAAUCAUACAUUUUAGCUGAUUCACAUUCACACUACUGCUGGAACUUAGAUAUGUACCACCGAGUUCAAAAAACAUUGAAAGAAACUGUUUCGCAAAUAUUGACAUCGAAAUGCCACUUUUUAUGGCACAGCUUGUAUAUGGACAAUUUCUACAACAGUGUUUCCAUGAGUCAAAUGCUUCUUGCGUUUCAAAUACACUCCGUGGGAACACUGCGCAGCAACAGGGGGGAACCACGUGAAAUUCGGACUCCACCAAAUCAAAUGAAAAAGGGGGACAUCAUUGCGAGGCAAAAUCAAAGUGUUACGGUUCUAGCUUGGAAAGAUAAAAGGGUGGUAAAGGCUAUUUCAACAAAGCAUGAUGCUUCUGUCACAACAAUAACAAGACGACAGAGAAGAGGGGGUGAAAGGAAUCGGUGGAGAAACCAGUAUGCAUUGCGGACUACAAUCUGCAUAUGUCUGGAGUGGACCAGCUUCAUUUUGACACUUGUAAGCCAACUGUGUCAGCAGGACAGACUGCAACCUCAAAUAGAUGAUGAGAACCUAGCUGGUCCACCACCCAAGUCACCACGCAUCGAUUCAACAAAACGGCUGAAAGGAGGUUUCAAGAAACACGUCAUCGCGUUGUAUCCUCCAACUAAAAAAAAGGCAGCAGCGCAAAGACCAUGUCGUGCGUGCAUGAAAAACGGUUGCAGAAAGGACACGAUAUUAUUGUGA